AACAGAUUAUUUUAAAAAAUAUCCAAAGAUCAAGAUGAAUGCAGAUUCCAUAAAAUCUUUUCCUUUUAUAGAAAAACCACAUUUAAUCUUAUUCAUUAAAGAAUUAAUUUCAAAAAAUUCGUUUCUUAAAAAAAUAUGCACAGAACUUUAUGAUAUUCUUUCUAUAACACAAAAUGAAACGAUUUAUUUACAACAAAUUUUAUCUCGAAACAAUAAUUAUGGUUCUUUAUUUAAUAAUUCAUAUAAUUUAUAUAAUCUGAAGAAUAUGUUGCAUUUCAAUGUUAAUAACUAUUUAUUUUUAGAAAAAGAAUUAAAUGAAAUUUCUUCGAAUCAAAUCUUUAAUGAAAACAUAAAUGCAAAUAUAUUACAGAAGUCUGAUAAGGAAAACCGAGAAGGAUAUUCGUCAAAAUCUAUUAAUGAAAUAAAAAUUAAAUCGAAAUACGACUUUAUUGAUAGUUUAUUUAUACCAAUAAAAUUCAAAAAAUUAUAUCUUAAUAAUUCGAAAAUAACUAGAUCGUUCUCUGCACCGGAUAUAUUGUCACUUUUUAGUUCAUCAAGCAAAUUUCAGAAUACCCAAAAUAAUUUACAUGAAAAAACACGAUAUUUAUCCUUAACGGAUAUGUUUAACUCUCCAAAACUGAUUUCUAUGAAUAAUAAAAGACGGAAUUCUUGUUUAAAUCUUUCAAAAGAAUUGCGGCAUUCACAAUAUAAUAAAUUUAAUUCUGAUUUGUCUAUUUAUUUAGAUACACCUAAUACUUCAUUUUUUAAGCAUAUUCUAUACAAAAAACCAUUACAUGGAGUAAAGUCAGAAGAUUUACGCGAUUCUUUUCUUUUAAGGAAACCAUGGACAACUCCCAGAAAUUUCUCUCCGCCUACACAAUUUAUCAGCCCGGUUAUAUCUACUUUUUCUACAAGUCCAUCUGAAUCUUCUGUUCUUUUAAAUAAUGAUACCAAGACUAUGUUAUCAAACUCUCUUUUAAAAUCUACCAUAAUUAACAGAUUUUUUUUGAGCGGUACUUCAAAAAAAGAAAAAGCUGAUACCAAAUCAUCGGGAAAAGACAUUCAUGAUAAUCGAAAUAAAAGUAUGUGGGAUUCUUUUUUUAAUAAAUGGCCGAAAUUAAUCCAUACCAAACAUUCUUUAACAAGCACUUCAAAAAAUUGA